AUCUGUUGUUUCAUAGUUGGUAUUGGGUUUUCUUCUCUUUUUCUCCCAUUCCUUCAAAGACUGCUGCUUUGAAUAUAAUGAACAGUCCAUAACUGAGCAUAUUUGGUCAGCAUUUCUCUUUCCCUUUCGCUAUGGGGUACCGUUGAUUUUUUUUUUUUUUUUUUUCCCACAUUACUACCCAUUUUACUAUAUAUAUACUCCAAAACUCAAUCUGUCUCACCAACACCGCUUGACUCUCGUUCUCUUGAUCGUUUGCUCAAAUGGGAAGUGUUGGAAUAUUGGAGAAUUCGACUCUGAUUUGUGCUCCAUUAGUGGCUCAAUCCGUUGAGCAAAUGGUGAUUGACAUGAAGCAGGCGAAAGCAGAGGGUGCGGACGUGGUUGAAGUCAGGUUGGAUUAUAUAAAGAAUUUCCAGCCUCGCCAAGACCUUGAAAUUAUCCUCAGAAAUAAGCCAUUGCCAGUCAUCAUCGUCUAUCGGCCAAAGUGGGAAGGUGGUCUGUAUGAAGGCGAUGAGCACACGCGGGUGGAAACACUUCAGUUGGCCAAAGAACUGGGAGCUGAUUACAUCGAUUUUGAGCUCAAGGUGGCUUCUGAUCUUAUGGGAGAGCUGAGAAAGAACCGUCACAGUGGUAGCAAAAUUAUUGUUUCAUGCUAUGUGAAUAGUAUGGCCUCUUUAGAAGAAGACCUGAGCCAUCUUGUCGCAAGCAUACAAACAACUGGUGCAAAUAUUAUCAAACUUGUUGCAAAUGCAACUAGUAUUACAGAAAUAUCAAGAAUUUUUCAUCUGCUCUCACAUUGCCAGGUGCCACUAAUUGCAUACUCUGUGGGCGAAAGAGGUCUUAUAAGCCAGAUAUUGUGCCGAAAAUUUGGUGGUUUUCUAACCUAUGGAUCUAUCGAAGGAAAUUCAGUUCCUGGUCUGCCUACUUUAGACAGCCUUAGACAGGCUUACAAAGUUGAGUAUGUAAAUGAAGAAACUAAAGUUUUUGGGCUCAUCUCCAAACCAGUUGGCCACAGCAAGGGCCCCCUAUUGCAUAACCCUACUUUCAGGCAUGUGAACUAUAAUGGAAUAUAUGUCCCAAUGUUUGUCGAUGACCUCAGGGAUUUCUUUAGUGUCUAUUCAACCGCUGACUUUGCUGGAUUCAGUGUUGGGUUUCCAUACAAAGAAGCUAUAUUUGGGUUUUGCGAUGAGGUCCACCCACUUGCUCAGACCAUAGGUGCUGUUAAUACUAUUGUAAGGAGACCUAGCGAUGGGAAGCUCAUUGGUUAUAACACAGACUGUGAGGCUUCAAUAACUGCAAUUGAAGAUGCUCUUAAAGAACAGGGAUGCACUAAUGGGGAAGCACCUUUCAGUUCUCCUCUUGCUGGGAAACAAUUUGUGCUAGUUGGUGCUGGAGGUGCAGGAAGAGCCUUAGCAUUUGGUGCCAAAAGUAGAGGAGCUCGGGUGCUUAUUUUUGACAUUGAUUUUGACAGAGCAAAGUCUCUUGCUUGUGCUGUAUCUGGUGAAGCUCGGUCUUUCGAAGACAUAGUUAACUUCCAGCCAAAUAAAGGAGCAAUCCUUGCAAAUGCAACACCUUUGGGAAUGCAUCCAAAUACAGAUCGAAUUCCUGUAUCUGAGGCGACCUUGGCAGAUUACCAGCUUGUCUUUGAUUCUGUUUACAUACCUAGAAAGACCAGGCUAUUGAAAGAAUCUGAGGCUGCAGGAGCCAUCAUUGUGAGCGGAGUUGAAAUGUUCCUCCGGCAAGCCAUUGGCCAGUUCAAUCUCUUCACUGGCAGAGAAGCACCUGAAGAGUUCAUGCGGGAGAUCGUCUAUGCAAAGUUCUGAUGCAUUGCAUCCAACAGAAAAUGUUGUAUUUUAUACAUUUAAUGCUCGAUCAAGUAAUACUAGAAGUUCUUUUUGUGUC